GGACCUUAUGUGUAGUUGUAAAUUGUUGUAAUGUAAGGAUAACAUCAUCUUUACUAAAAUAUCCUCCUCCCAAACAUUAUCCCAAGUGAACCAAAACUAUAUCUUGUUGAAGAGAAGCUUUCCACACUGAACUAGUUUAACUAAGCUUCACCAUGACUUGUCUCCACCUCCACUCUUCAUUGUUUCUCAUGCAUACAAAACUCAAACCACAGCAGCAACAUCGUCUAAGGAUGGAGCACAACACAAAACUACUUUGGGGAGAACCAAGCAAAACCAUGCCACAUAGUAAGCACUUUUCUUCAGUAAGGACCCAGGCAAUUCCAGAUUUCAUUGUUGUUGCUGCUACUUCCCUGCCAAAACCCGCUGAUCCAUCUACUUUUCUCCCAGUAAGUGCCCUGCUUAUAUCAGUAUACUUCAUAGGAAAUUUCAUCGUGCCAGAUCUUAUAAGCAAGUAUUUUGGAUUUGAUAAACUAGAGGGAGACCAGAAGGUUGAUGAUGCAGAAGAUAAAUAGACAAGCACCCCUGAUGUGAAGAAAAAAAGUAUUAUUAAAAUUUGAGAAUUCUGCUAACGAUGAUUGUUUAAGUGUAUGAAUUCGUUUUGGUAUCUUUAGUUUGCAUUAAGAUUUACAUAAGUCAUUUGUAUUGUUUUAAACAUGGCAGCGAUUUCAAUCUCCUGAAACCAA